AUGGCCCUGGGCCAGCGCGAGGAUGCAAAUCGAAACGAGCGGCGCCUCCGUUACGGUGCACGAAUACGUUUUGGCCGUACACUCGUGGUUUUUAGCGCUGCGCGACAGGGCCUUGAACGCCGGUGCCAGGUUUUAGGGACGCUCCGAGCCCUGGCCGCCCCAGACCAGGUGCCGCCGCCGCCGCCGGGAGAGCGAUUCAGCCACAAGGAGAGGGCGCCGGGGAGGUCUGCGGCGAGGAUGCGGGAGACGGAGGCGGCUGCGGCAGGGGAUAGCCAGGCGGAGUAG